AUGGUUUGUCUCUGGAAAGGCUCAGGCCAGGAACAAUUACCCCACCUCCCCAUUGACGAUGCGGACAACACCGACCUCACCAACGUGACAACCACCGCCGCCGGCCAAUUCCCCAUCGCCCUUCUUGACCUCCCCGACUUGGCUGACCUGCUCGCCCACUAUUCCGGGCCCAACCCUGACAUCACAUUCGGUCCCAGCGGCUACGCGACAGAGGACGGCUGGAAGUAUGGAAACGGUAUCAACUCUUUCAAGGACAGCAAGGGCAAGUUGACGUUGUACGGUGGGAAAUGCAAGCUUCUGGCAUGCGACGAUGGCGCCGCUGUCUAUGCUUGUAACGCCAACAAAGGCCGUCUAUUCCUUAACUACAAAGAUAUUCCUCAAAUCGGCCUGGGAAACUUGUUUUGA